UAAUAAUAUUAAUAAUAAUUCUGUUGUUGUUGUUGUUGUUUAAUAGUAUUUUUUUUCUUGUCUAUUUUGUUCUCCUAUUAUUUUACAAAGUAUUCCUUUCCAGAGAUCCCUCCUCCAAAAUGCAGUUUAGUUCCUCCUAUUUUCAUCCAGCUAAAAACUGUCUGUUCACAUUGAGACCGGCUCAAACACUUUUUCUGACUGUAUGCACAGCUGUCAAGGAGACUCAUCUUUGUCUCCAGGUGCUAGAAAAACACACCAUUUGGAUUUCUUGAAACUCUAGUUGAUUUUGCCUUUACCAAACCACAAAGAGAAGUAUCAACAUGGAGAACAGCUUAAGCCAAGAAGCAGAGGAAAAUCCCUAUCUGUGUUUUCAGAGAACACCAUCUCUCAGACGUAAAUGGAGAAAGCGUUACGGAGGCCUCGAUGGCAACAAACUGCUGGAGCCAAAUAAGGAGGACGAGACCAGAGAGAAUGGAGAGAUGACAGAUGCCCUCACAAACAGGAACGCAGACCCUGUGAAGUUUACUGCGUCUAAGGAAACAAAAUCCGCCAGGAACAUUCCACAAUCUGUGCCAAGAAAUACCUUUCCAUCCCAGAGGCCAGUCAAUUACGUCUCUCCAGACUCUACAGGCAUGCCAUUUUUUAUAAGCAACGGAGGCACAAAACGGACAGUACCGCAGCAGGACAAACUUCAAGCUAGCCAAGCAUGGCAAAACUUGGGCCGACCAGAGACCCCUCAAGGUCAUUUUAAGAAAAAAGUGGCUGCUGAUGUGCUCUUUGAUAGUUUCGCCUCUGGGGGAAGAGUUGACUGCAAUCAGUUUUUUGAGGCCCUGUGGAGCUCAGGAAUCAUCCGAACAGACCCGCGGAUUAAAGACUGCUACAGCCUGAUGCGGAAACUACAGGAAGCAGACGGAACAGUUGACAGGAACACUUUUCACAGGUGCGUGACAGGCUUUGUGUCUUUCAUCCUGAAGGCAUUGCAGGGGAGAUUUGUCAUUCCAGAUUUCUCUACCUUUGCAGAGGAAACACAAAAGCUGUUUAUUAAAUGCAAACAACUGUCCCCUGUUAAGGAGAAAGAAGACGGAAGAGAGAGCAGCACAAAAUGGGGCAUUUCAGUUUGUACUGUGGAUGGGCAGAGACUUUCCUUAGGAGACUGGGCUGAACCUUGCAUUCUGGGAGAGAUAUCAUGGCCUCUCAUAUACAGCCUGGCGGUGGACCAGCAAGGAUCCGACUACGUGCACAGAUUUGUAGGAAUGGAGGAAUAUUCCAAAUAUGAGUCUCCAUUUACCCUGACCAAGCAAGGUGUUCCUCAUAGUCCGCUGGUUGAGACAGGAGCCAUUAUCUGCACUUCUUUAUUACAGCUGGCAUCCAGGCAAGUCACUGAUGAAGAAGAAAAGUACGAGUCUGUUUUGAAUAUCAUCAGAAGACUGUGCAACAAAGAGCAUGCAAACCUAAACUGCACCAGUUAUCAAACCUUGCGAAAAGACAUCAUCCGUCUGCACGCUCUUUCAUUUUACCUGCAAGAGAAGAAAUGCUUUCCGGAGAGUGUGGGGAUCAAUUCUACAUUGGAUUUACUGUUACAGUGUUUAUCGACAGAAGUCACCUGCGAGUCCGGCGCGGCAUUGGCUGCAACCCUAGCUAAUGGAGGACUGUGCCCUCUAUCAAGUGACCAAGUGAUGUCCCCCCAUGCUGUCCGCAGUGCUCUUUCCAUGAUGCAGGUGGCUGGAAUGAAUGAUUAUUCCAGAACAUUUCAUUUCAGGACGUCGGUGCCCGCCAAGUCCAGUCAGUCUGGUGUUGUGCUGAUCGUGGUUCCUGGAGUUCUGGGACUCAUGUGCUGGUCACCUGGCCUGGACUGCAAUGGAAAUUCCUGGAGGGGUGUCCAUUUCUGCGAGGAGCUGGUUUCAACCUUCCAGCUGCACAGUUUUGACAUCAGGACCCCCUUCAGACAGGUGCUGUGUUACAGACAGUGGAAGGUGGAGUCAGAGGGAUACCAAAUCAUGAAUGUACUAUUAGCUGCUUACAGAGGGGACAUGGUGUCUCUGCGAAGGUACCUUCUGUCAGGAGCAGAUGUGAACGCUGUAGAUUAUGAUGGCCGGUCAGCGCUGCAUGUCGCAGCUUCUGAGGGCCGUCUGGAAGUCAUCAAGUUCCUGGUGGAGAACGCAGGUGCAAACUGCACACUCAAGGACAGGUGGGGUAACAACGCAUUACAGGAGGCCAUGAGAUGCAAUCAAGACCCUGCCAUCCAGUGUCUGAAGAAAUACACCGAUUAUGAAGAGAGUUUAUGAUGAAUAUAUUUAGAAUGAAGAGGAGGUUAUAAGGAGCAGCAAAGACUUGGAUGGAAAAUCUGUGGCUUGCUGGCAACAGUCCCAGAUAAACUCUCGCUGCUUAUUAGGAAUUAUUGAAAGGGACUGAAACCUUGUUUAUAAAUGCUGCAGGAGCAUGUGUUUACUGAUUCAACAUUCAUUUCAAACAUUAUGAAUGCAUCAUUAUUUUUCAUAUUACUUUAUUACUGUAUUUUUGAUCAAAUACAUGCAGCCUUGGAUAAUA